GACGGUUUUAUACCUAAAUUACCCAUGUGAUAACGGCACUAAAACGUUAUCUGAUGGCUUGAUUGUGUUUCUUUUUAUUAAAAGUUCCUGUUGUGAAAUGUAAAAUAUAAUUAUAGGCUGGAAUCUGUGAUUAGUGUUCUUGCUAUUAUUUGAUUGGCGUUUGGUGCGUUGUGUCAUAGAUUGCACCCGCCUUGCAAGCUAUGCAAGCCUAAAAUUCCAGUAAGGUUAUGGCUUGACAGUCCUGACAGAACCACGGAACAACAGAGGGUAGGAACUGCACCCAUUUCUAUUUGUAGUAUGUCCGAAUGUCCCAGUCCACAUAUGCAGAAGGAAUACUGAUACAAACGGGAUAAGAUAACCAUUAUGUGUAGCAGGUAUGAUCAUACAGUUUAAAAUUGUGUGUAGUGGCCGUGAUUGCACUUAGUAUUUGUUUUGUUUUUUUCACAAUGAAUGCGUCGGCUGGAACGGGAGUGUUCGUCUUGUCCUUGAUGUCAAUACCCAUCUCAUAUUUAUUUAAUUUUCUUUUAUAUUCGAACAGUAUUGAAGCCAUACUUUUUGCUGGAGCAUCAACCCUAGUAAUCACAGCAAUAUCAGUUCGCCUUGUACUAAAGAAGAAAGCACCCCGGGAUCCACUCUUCUACGUUUUUGCAACCUACGCAUUUUUGAGUGUUGUGAACCUCAUCAUAGGUCUUGAGCAGGAUGGCAUCAUAGAUGGAUUCGUGACCUUUUACUUGAAAGAGGCAGAUCCCUACAUUAAUACUGCUCAUGGACAUAUGAUAUCCUACUGGGAUGGAUGUGUACACUACCUCAUGUACUUGCUGAUGGUAGCGGCAAUAACCUGGGGGGAGAGCUACAGGGCCAUUGGUUUGUACUGGGUGGGAUCCCUCCUAAUGCGGGUCAUAGUGUACAUUCCUGGCAAUAUUGUGGGAAAGUAUGGAGCCCAGCUGAGCCCGCUGUUCCUCAUUCACAUGCUGUAUGUGUUCGUCUCCAUAUGGGCCUGCUUCAGGGUCUGCAGUCAGCCUGCUAUGCGAGGGGCUCCACCGGAGGACAUCCAGGCUACCCAGAAGAAGAGCCUGCUGCAGAGACCUGUGGAUUUACUGUUUGCCAUAUACCUGCUGUGUGCUGCUUCCUUCUGCUCAUUCCGAGGCCUGGUGGCGCUGGACUGUCCCACAGAAUGGUGUCAGGCCUACUCUCACCACUAUGAACCCUAUCUAAGGGACCCCUCUGCCUACCCCAGGAUCCAAAUGGUAGUGAAUAUGUUGUACUUCGUGCCGUGCUAUAUCAUCACUCUGUAUGGUUUGGUUAUUCCUGGCUGUGAGUGGAUCCCUGACCUCACCCUAGUUCAUGCGGGGGCAGUUGCACAGGCACAGUUUUCCCAUAUUGGGGCCUCCCUCCACACGCGAACACCUUUCUCAUACAGAGUCCCAGCAGACACUCAGCUGCUUUUCCUCACGGUCAACGUGGUCUAUGGCCUGGUGCCACAGGUGCUCAGCUACCGUCUGCUCAGCAACCAAGCCUUCUUCCUCAAGCCCCCACCGCAGAAGACUGAAUGACAUCUGUCUGUUCCUACCUGUGACAAUACUCCAUAUAGUCUAUAAAACAACUCUAGAGAUGCCGAAUGUAGUAUUCAUGGAAUUGUGAAACUGUACUUUUACUGCUAUAUAAGUUUCUAUGCAAUGUUAUCUGCACCUGCUCUCUUGCAAUAAUAUGCGUUCUGGUAAAUUGAGGUUUAUAUAUUUUUCUUGUUGUUUACUUGUGUGACUGUGGAUGGCUCUGGGUGUGUAACCAUUUGGGUGAAAGGUUCAAGGACUCAGUUCAUGGCGUUGCCAUGAUAACUUCGGUGUCACCAGUCUUCAUUGUGACUCAUUUGUCAACAUUCCUCUGCAGUACA